AUGGACCAAAAACCGUUCAAAGUCGUCAUUGUGGGUGGCAGCAUUGCCGGGCUUUCGCUAGCCUUGAUGCUAGAGAGGAAUGGUAUCGAUUUCGUUAUCCUUGAGGCGUACCCCAGCAUUGCACCCCAGGUCGGGGCUAGUUUUGGCGUUUUGCCCAACGGCUUCCGCAUUCUCGAUCAACUAGGUUGUUACGAGUCAGUUCUAGAGAGGGCGGCAGACCCUGUCGACACAUUCUGCUUCCGUGAUUCACAAGGAAAAGCAUUCUGGACAUUCGAUAACUUUAACGGGGCAUCAGUCGGAAGUCAUGGUUAUCCAAUCGUCUUCCUCGAGCGACGAAUGUUGAUAGAGGUCCUCUAUGAGAAGAUCCAGGAUAAAUCCAAAGUGAUCACCUCUCAGCGGGUGCAGAGUAUUGAAAAUGGCACUUCGAAUGCCACGGUUACCACAACGACUGGUCAAACCUACACCGGAAAUAUGGUGAUCGGGGCAGAUGGAAUCCAUUCUCACGUGCGUCAAGAGAUGUGGAAAGCGGCCGAAAAGGUAGAUCCCACGUGGUUUGACCCUAAAGAGGAAUCUGCACUACCUGCAACUUACGCGUGCAUCUUUGGCAUUUCCAAAGGCGUGGAGGGGAUCGAGAAAGGCACGCUGAGCUCGGUGUUCAAUGAGCAUUUCUCAUAUCUUAUUCCCAGCGGACCCGGAGACCUCACCUACUGGUUUCUCGUGCGGAAUAUGGGAAAGACGCACUACGGUGCAGAUAUCCCUCGGUUCACCAAGGAGGAUGAAGAGGCAUUCGCAACGGAACAUUUGGAUGACCAGAUCACUCCUACGUUGAAAUUUUCCGCUCUGUACAAGAGCAAGAUCGCCUCGGCAUACUCCACUUUCCCAGAAUAUGUCUAUAAAAAAUGGCAUUUCCAGAGAACUAUGACUAUUGGCGAUGCCAGUCACAAGUUUGAGCCCUUGACAGGCCAGGGAGGAAAUAAUGCAAUGGAAACCGCUGCGUCCCUAACAAAUCAUCUCGUUUCGGCCCUCAAAAAUAGCCAGACAGGCACGCUGUCAUUGGCAGAGAUUUCCAAAAUCUUCGAGAGCGUUCAGCAGCAGCGUGAAGACCGUGCGUGGAGAUUAGUCAAAGCAUCCCAUGUCCGACAACGUCUGGAGUGCAUGGAAACCCCCUUGUUGAAGUUCAUGGCAAGAUAUGUGGUGCCAUACUUCUCCAAAUCCAUGAUCCACAGCAAAUGGAUCGACACCUAUUCUCCUGCAGUGUCUUUGGAUAUGCUACCGCUGCCGCACCGGCCUCGAGAAAUUCCCUAUUUCGACGAGCGCUUCAGAGCACCAUCUUCUCGGGGUGUGGUGAGCAUCGUGUUGUACGCUGUGUACUUCUUCUUGGCCUGGCUAGGCCAACGCCAAUUGUCGACAGCAAUCAGAGAAAAUGGAACAAUGGGAUUUGUCCGCCAGGCAAUCAAGAGCCAGUCGGUUCUCCUCCCAGGAGGAGUUGAAACUCCCCUUCGCCAAGUGUACACAGGCCUUGGACCUGUUGACCUCUUCUUGAAAGUCAUUGUCACGAUCUUCCUACCAGCGGUCACCAAUUUCUCCACACCGGAGCAGCCAUUGCAAGUUAUGUACUUCCUGGGUUCGAUGAUGCCGAUUAUCGCUAUCUGGACAGUUGAAGGAUUCCGACCAAGGAACAAAUGGACCCUUCUUGCCAUGCCGAGUAUAUGGGCGGUUCUGUAUCAGCUGCGAGGGAUCGGGCUGAUCGCACCGCUCUAUUUCGCAUCGAGCACAUAUCUCUCCUCCCGGAUAUCAUACUUCUCCCCAAAUACCCGCACGCUUCCUGAGUCCACCGCUCGAGCGAUACUGCCUGCACUGGUACUAGGAUUCAUUGUGCCCACAAUGAUGCUGUUCUUCCCGUUGGCUGAUGCCCUGAACACGCGACAGAUCUUCAUUGCGCUGUGGCAGCCCACUCCGAUAUAUGUGGUUAUCUUGACUCAAAUAUUCUCCUACGUCAUCAAAUUGAUCGGUUCGAGCACACCAGCCAAGACGGACACCACGGCACCAGAGAGUAAAUCUAACUGUGACAUCCCACAUUUGCAAACCCUCUACGCUGUGGCUGGUGGUGUAUCUGCUUGUUUCCAUGUAGCGUUGUUGCUGACCUGGGCUGCUUCGGGGACAACCUUUAUCACCAAGGCAUUCAUCCCAUCCGACGCCUUCGCGCAGGUGGCCACACUUGCAGACGGUGUCUUUGUGUUUUUCCAGAACGACUUCCUGCUUGUUGCAGCGGCAACUCUUCUGUGGUGCCUGGCUAGCGUGUGGGAUCUAUACCGCCUUGGAGUUUCUAAUGUCUCAUGGCCGGUGGCAUUGGCUGGUUUGAUUCUGGGUUCCCUGGCAAUUGGACCUGGUGCAACUGCGGCGGCUGUUUGGUAUUGGCGGGAGGAGGUCAUGAGUCGAACAUCUUUCCCCCGCCAUGGCCCCGUCUCCAGUUCAAUCAAGAGUACUUGA